CACACCCCGGCGCCUCAUUGGCCCGCGCGCGGAGGCCCCGCCCAGAGCUGCUAUAAGGGCUGCGGGGCUGACUCCGGUGGAGGCGCCAGGGACACCCGCGGGGUCUGCUCUGUACCCAGGGACCGGAUUCUGCGGCCGCUGCCUCCACCUCCGCAAGAGGAGCUCGUGUGUAGGUCUGUCCCCGGUGGAAUGGACCAGAGAGGUGAAGAGGCCAGUCCAGCGCCACACCGCAGUGUGUCCAAUGAUGAGACAGCUCAGGACCCUGGAUCCGGCCUGAGGGAGCCGGACCAGCAGAACGUGGUGAAGCGUGUGGUAGCCUUGCCCCUCGUCAGGGCCACGUGCACCGCCGUGUCUGGUGCUUACCAUGCCGCCAAGGACAAGCACCCGCUGCUGGGCUCGGCCUGUCGCCUCGCUGAGAACUGUGUGUGCAGUGUGACCACCCGUGCCCUGGACCACGCGCAGCCGCUGCUGGAGCAUCUGCAGCCUCAGUUGGCCACGGUGAACAAUCUUGCCUGCAGGGGACUGGACAAACUGGAAGAGAAGCUGCCGUUCCUGCAGCAGCCGUCAGACAGGGUGGUGACCUCAGCCAAGGAUGUUGUGGCCAACAGCGUCACAGGUGUGGUGGGCCUGGCACAGCGGGGCAGGCGUUGGAGCGGAGAGCUGAGGCGCUCCAUGAGCCAGGCCAUGGACAUGGUUCUGGGCAAAUCGGAGGAGCUGGUGGACCACUUCCUGCCCAUGACUGAGGAUGAGCUAGCGGCCCUGGCAGCAGAGGCUGAGGGCCCAGAAGUGGGCUCUGUGGAGGAGCAGAGGCGGCAACAGGGCUACUUUGUGCGUCUGGGAUCCCUGUCGGCACGCCUCCGCCAUCUGGCCUAUGAACACUCUUUGGGGAAACUGAGGCAGAGCAAACACCGCACCCAGGACACGCUGGCCCAGCUGCAGGAGACCCUGGAGCUGAUUCACCGUAUGCAGAGCGGGGUGAGCCCCACCCCCACUCCCCAUCCCCCAAAGGUGCAGGAGCUGUGGGAGGACUGGAGUCCAUGGCCAGAGAAUGGGCGCCGCCACAGCCAGGCGGAGCUGGAGACCCUAGCCCUGUCUCGCAGCCUGACCCUGGAGCUGCAGAGCGCUGUGGACGCGCUGGCAGGCUGUGUGCGGGGCCUGCCGCCCGGUGCCCGGGACAAGGUGGCUGAGGUGCAGCGCAGCGUGGACGCCCUGCAGGCUGCCUUCGCCGACGCCCGCUGCCUGCGGGACGUGGCGCCCGCCGCUCUGGCCGAGGGCCGGGGCCGUGUGGCCCGUGCACACGCCUGCGUGGACGAGCUGCUGGACUUGGUCCUGCGGGCGGUGCCCCUGCCCUGGCUCGUGGGUCCUUUUGCCCCAAUCCUGGUGGAGCGGCCGGAGCCCCUGGCCGACUUGGCUGCCUGCGUGGACGAGGUGGUGGGCGCCCCCGAUCCGCGCUGGGCGCACAUGGACUGGCCGGCCCAACAGAGGGCCUGGGAGGCCGAGCACGCAGACCCGCCGGUACCGGCCGAGCCCCGGAGCAGCCCAGCUAAACACAGGCUGAUGCCGGAGCUGGACUUCUGACCACCCGGGGCCCUGCUGCCCCCUGGUGGUCACAUGAUCGCACUCACCCCAGCGGGCUGUGGACCCCACGCAAGCUACUCUUUCCUGUGAUCCUGUCCCCACCUCCAAA